GUGGAGGAGAGUUUCAACCUCCAGGCCUGCCAUGAUGCACUACUGCAUGGUUCAGACCUCCAAAGUUGGGACCACCUGCAGUUUCCAGGAGCCGUUCCCAGAACCUUCCUGGGGCCUUUGGUGGUUGCCGCUCUUGCAUCACCCAGUUUGCCCCUACAGCUGGCGACCUCUUCUUUGCUACGGCUGGUGCGAUUUGUGGUUGGCCUCCUUUCCGUCGCAACCUUCGCGCGCCUCCGCGCUGCCGUUGCAGCUGAGUUCGGCUUGGAAGCCUCGCGAUUCCUGGCGAUUCUAACGCUAGUCCAGUUCCACCUCCCCUUCUACAUGAGCCGGACGCUGCCAAACGUCUUUGCACUGCAACUGGCAACCUUAGCUCAUGCAGAACUCCUGGCGGGCUGUGGUUACAAGUGCUUGGUCCUGCUGGGCCUGGCAGCCGCCAUUUUUCGUUGCGACCUGCUGGUUUUGAUCGCGCCGAUUGGCUUGCUGUUGCUGUGGCAGCGUCGAGUCAACUUCUUCAAGGCAGCUGUGGCAACCGCCUUGGCUGCUUUGAUGGGCGCUGUCACGUCUGUGUGCGUUGAUUCUGUGCUUUGGCAGCGAUGGUUAUGGCCAGAGUUUGAGGUGCUCUGGUUCAACACUGCUGAAAACAAGUCCAGCGAGUGGGGCACGCUGCCGCCACUUUGGUACUCUUACUCUGCCCUUCCCAAAGCUCUCCUUGGUGGGGCACCUCUGGUUCUGCUUGCUUUCAUCAUCGAGCCUCGGGCUCGGGAGCUUGUCUUGGCGUCACUGACUUUUGUGGCCCUCUACUCGUUCCUGCCGCACAAGGAGCUGAGAUUCAUCUUCCCAGCGUUGCCACUGCUGAACGCUGCGGCCGCUGCGGCAGCGGCUCGCGUCUUGCGCUGGAAGGGUCUCGCGCGCACCCUUGCUUCGCUAGGCCUUUUGGGCCUGGGUUUGGCGUCGCUGGGAGCCACGGCGGUGAUGACGUCGGCAUCCUAUCUGAACUACCCAGGCGGCAUAGCCCUGACCGGGCUUCAGGUGAUGGAGUGCAACUCUUCGCAACCCCUCACUGUGCACAUAGGCAACCUGGCAGCCAUCUCAGGGGUCUCCCGUUUUCUGGAGGAUCGUCAAAAUUGGAAGUAUUCCAAAGAAGAGAACCUGGAGGCAAAAGCCCUAUCGGCCAAGGGUUUUGACAGACUGCUCUCCGAGUUUCCUGUGGUCCCAGGGUAUCACUGCACUGCUACAGUUGAAGGCUUCCAGCGGCUAAAGCUGCAAGCCAGCUGGCCUCCGGUGAGAGCAAUCCUAUCUCCACAAAUCUACGUGUUGUCCAGGGCAGCAGAUGGUGGGACGACUGCAUGCAAAGAAGAUGUGGGCCCAAAGUGGAAUGCUGUUGUUCGGCCAGAGUUCCAGGUAUUACACUCCCUGACUGCAAGAUGUCCGCCGUAG